UAAUGCUUUUCGAUUAUCUUCUUCACACAUGCUAUGAUCACCGAACCAAAAUCGAACGCCGACGCCUUCUAUUUCUCCAGAUUCCGCCAACGGUUUCAGCCAUGGCCAAUCCAAUCAUUUCGCCAAUUGAUUUCAUGUCAUUGAACUUCGGACGCCUGCCAAUGGAGCGAGGAAGAUGCCGGUGGUCGCAUCCGCCAUCUACUACUUGAAUCUCCAAGGUGAUGUCCUCAUCAAUCGUCUCUACCGCGACGGUGUCAGGAGAGACAUGGUGCACGCCUUCCGAAUGGAAAUCACGCGAACAAAAGAACUCGCUACAUGUCCCGUUCGAUAGAUUGGAGGUUGCUCUUUCAUUUACACGAGAUUCAGUAAUGUUUACAUCAAUAGUCAUUAGAAGCAACGCUAAUGCAAAUGUAGCUUGUGCUUUCAAGUUCGUUGUUGAGGCUGCUGGAUGGUUCAAAUCUUAUUUCGGUGGUGUCUUUAAUGAAGAUGCUAUUCAUAAUAAUUUUGUUCUGAUUUAUGAGUUUCUGGUUGAAAUCAUGGACUUUGGCUACCCACCCUGCAAUUUUAAAGCUUUACAUUACUCAGGAAGGACUGUGGUCCCCAUUUUUGUCGGAGCAAGCUAUAUUUUGAGGUUUAAUGCAUGUUGGCAAGACUCAUAUGGCAGAUAUAUGUCAAGUUGCACUGUAAAUAAGCAUUUUCUAUUUCCUUUGCGCAAGAAAUCAAUAACCUUCACAAAAGCCUGUACCAAAUGCAACUUUACAAGUUACAUUUUUUCAUUUGCAGUUGCGGGAGAUUAGUUGGUAUAACACGGUUGAAUGGUCGCUAUGAGAUCAGGUACAAAAAUAAAAAAAGGGAUUCACUUUUAGAUUGUAUCAAAGCAAGUGAGCAGUGAUAAGAAUUCUUACUUGCCGAUAUCAACGAAGUAGAAAAGUGAUUCUUGCUGAAGGAAAUGAAUAAAACAGAGCAUGACAGGGACAUAUCUCAUGUUUUUCACCUUGCCUAUACUGGCACAUAACUUGUCGUUUAGAACGUAGCAUGGUCGGGAUAGCUGGAACCUGGAAGUUUAGAUUUUGGAAUUAGAUUCACCUGACAGUCGGUAAUUGCAUUCAGUACAAGAUUUUCAUUCUAUUUUCUAAACUGAUGUUUUGAAGCCCGCCAAUAAUAAUGUUGUGUAAUUUGAAAUGUUACGAUGCAAGAUUUUCGUUUGA